AAAGUGGAUACCAAUUUCAACUUCAUGAAGUACCAUCGCUUACUGAAUUAAAACAAGUUCUAGUUUUUUAUUUUACCCAAGCAAAAAAGAAAAAUGGUUUAGAUUAUAUGAUUGCAUCAAUUCGAUUAGCAAUUAAUGCAUUUACAUGUUACCUUAAUGAAAAAUCCAAUCUAAAACCUGUUGAUCUUCUUGAUC